UUACUUUCAUUGAUAAGGCAGCCGGUGAGGUCGGGGGCACUCUGCCUGUAUGCUCUGCGGUGCUUCCGUUGAACUGACCGACCCCGCCCACCUGACAGGGCUGCCCCGGAGAAAAAACCGAGCGAAACUUCAAAGAGGCGCAUGCGCAUUGGAGUCCACAAUGUGGUUGUUUGUAGGUAGAUUUUUACAACGGUUCAAUCAGCGACAAUGCGAUUUAAUCUCCAAAGUGUGUGUCCACCAGCUACACAGUAGUAGGAGUUUGUUUACAGACAUCCGCUAUGAUGGGCUGUAUCCUGGACAUAUCCAAACCACCCCCAUCCAGAAAGCCCUGUUGGCUGUUGGGUCAGGAGUGGCUGCACUACAGAAUCCCUACAGACAUGACAUGGUUGCAGUGCUCGGUGAGACGACGGGACACCUAGCGUUGAUAAAUCUCAGGGACAGGAUGAGAAACGAUCCUGAAGGGUACACUAUCCUAACAGAAAGGCCCAGGAUCCGGCUGACUACACUCGAUAUGAGCGAGAUGGCUUCUCUGCCCGACGGCUCUUUCGGGAGAGAAUACCUUCGUUUUCUGGAGGACAAUCACGUGACACCUGACUCUAGGGCAGACGUGAAGUUUGUGGACGAUGAGGAGCUAGCUUACGUCAUGCAGAGAUACAGAGAGGUCCAUGAUUUGCUGCACACUUUACUGGGCAUGCCCACCAACAUGCUGGGUGAGGUGGCGGUGAAAUGGUUUGAAGCCGCUCAGACUGGGCUCCCCAUGUGUGCUCUUGGAGCUGUGUUGGGGCCACUUCGGCUGAAUGCAAGCCGUUUACAGUCGCUUUUCACUUCCUUGGGCCCAUGGGCUCUGCAGAACGGUCGGCGCGCCCGCUGCGUCCUCAGCGUUUUCUACGAGAGACGAUGGGCACAGAGCAUCGAAGACCUCCGAGAAGAGCUCAACAUAGAGCCGCCUCCUGUCAUAGUCAGUGCCACCAACAAGAGGGACACCUGAGAAAUACAAAAAAAAAAGAUCACUGGACUUUCAGAAGAGCACAAACCCAAAACCCAAAAAUGAUUGAUUACAACUGUUAUACUGUAAGGGAGGAAGUUAUUAACUACUGAGGAAAUGUCACACUUGCCAAACUUUGGUUUGUCAACUUUUACUUAGAAUUUUGAGUGACGUAAUAUCAGAGUUUUUCUGCUCCUUCAGACCAGUUGCUUCCCAGCAAAGGGUCACCAGAUCAGUCUGAGGGCUUGUGAGAUGUUUGGAGGAAAAAAUAAAAAAAGAAGAAACUUAGUUUUGACAUUUUCUGGACAUUUUUCUAAUGUUUUUGUUUAUUAAAUAUUAGAUAAUUUUAUCUCAGUUACAGCGAGCCAUAAAAGGUUGGGAACCACUGCUAUAGACAACAGGUCAGAUUCAACAGGUCUUGUUUAGUCACUGUCUGUUGUUGAGAAUGGUACAGAAAAUGUGUAUUUGUAUCAAUGAGUGAAAUAAAUUUUUAAAAAAUUAUUUCUUUACUUAAA